CUCACCUUUAGUUAACUUUUGUCCGUGUUUCUUUAAAGACGCAAAAUAAUCAUAGACAAAGAAAAAAAAAUAAUAUUUUAUAAUUGCUUCAAAUUGUUUUCAGGACGGUUGUAUGAUAUUUUUAAGUUAAAUACAUUAAUUGGAUGAAAUUCGACAUUUCAAAAAAAACGAAGAAAAUUAUAUUAUAAAUAUAAAAAUAAACUUUCUGAUUAAAAAAUACUAUCAUGAGUUCAGUAAAUGAAAUAAUGGAUUAUAAAAAAGAUCCCAAAGAAGACUACUAUGCAAUUUUAAAUUGCAGCGAGAGUUCAUCUGUUGAACAAAUAUUAGCGGAAUAUAAAAUAUUGGCUUUGCAAUAUCAUCCUGAUAAAAAUAAUGGGAAUAAAGAUGCUGAGAGUAAAUUUCAGUUAAUGAUGGAAGCUAAAGAUGUCCUGACAGAUCCAGAGAAGCGUAAAAAUUAUGACAAUUGGCGUUCUUCUGGAAUCGCAAUGUCUUAUAAAAAUUGGGUUGGCAUGAAAGAGCAUGUACAACAAUCAAUGCAUUGGGCUACACCAAAAACAAAAGAUCGCAUGUUGCCAGAAUCAGGAAGUUCUUCCAGCGGUUUGAAUCCAGGUGGCGUAAAUCCAGCAAUGAGACGAGCAUCAGAAGGGGGUGCGGCAUUAUAUUAUGGAGGAAGAAAAAGUGAAUGGGGUACGGAUAAUCCAAGUGAAGUGGUUAAUAAAUUUCGAAAUUAUGAAAUUUAAUAUGCUUAAAA